CAAAUGAACGUUGACCUCUAACAUGAAGAAUACCAGAAUUAUAUUAGUGAUGAAUAAACGAGAUGUGGUAACUACUGGUGUAUGAGAGGCGGGGCCGCGAGCGCUCACGUUCGGCCAGUGCUGCCGGGGAUGGCAGAGAAUAACAAUGUGCUGGAGGAAGAUGCGGCACGCGCCCUCACCAAGCUUCGUCUCUUGUGCACGAAAAUGGUUCAGGACGCUAGAGAUGCGGGCGUCACCACGGAAGAGAUUAAAGCCGCAUAUACGGUGAUGAAGUACAAUGAGUUAGAUGAUAGUGUCAAUGAAGAUAAAAGCAAAUGCGGCGAUUCCACCAGAGUAGUGAGUGCCAAGCAGUGGCACUGGCACCAGUGGGCGGGUGUGGGGGCUCUGGUGGCGCUGCUGGUAGCUGUUAUAUUGUGUUACUACGGUGAUAUUGUUAAAACCCACUUGAUUACCUCCAAAUGCUUGGUCAGAAAUAAUUAUAUUGUAAUGGAAGCCACUCGGCCACCCACCAAGUGCGGGCGUGUGUGCAGCGGUGUGGGCGGUGCCCUGGAGCUAAGUGCCAAUAUUUCGCGGGAGGAGUUUGAACGGUGGGCGUACCUCUCAAGGCCGCUGGUGGUGAGGGGAGGUGCCGCCCACUGGCUAGCACUAGACAAGUUUUCGGUGGGCUUCCUGCGGAGUUUAUAUGACAGUAUCGAGGGAUCCUACGAGGCUGUUGCAGAGGACUGUCAAUUCUUGCCUUUCCGUAGCGAGUUUCUUGACCUUAGGACAGCUCUUGCCAUGCACCCUGCUCGCGCCGCCGCCCGACCCGGCACCAAACACUGGUAUUUUGGCUGGAGUAACUGUUCCCCCGGGGUUAGCAGCGUCCUGAGGCAACUAGCUCCCCGCCCUUCCUUCCUCCCGGCCCUCUCGGAGUCCUCAGCACUGGACUGGAUAUUCAUGGGGUGUCCGGGACCGGGGGCUGCCUGGCACCUAGACUACGUGCAACGGCCGUCCUGGCAGGCGCAGAUAAGAGGCACUAAGACGUGGUACUUGAGGCCCGUGCCCGAGUGCCAUUCCCAGUGCCAGCCCUUCAACGUCACCGUACACAGAGGCGAUAUUAUAUUCCUGGACACCAACCAGUGGUACCACACAACCCACAUCCACGAGGGCGACCUCUCCAUCACCCUGGGCUCCGAGUAUGACUGAGAGAAGUAAGCAGGCAGUCUAGGCGAUUCUUGACCCUUGGUACCCCUGCUCCUUGAAGUGUUCGUUGCCUUGGUUGAUAGGGGAUGAAUGGGUUCGUUUGCAGAGAGAGAGAGAGAGAGAGAGAGAGAGAGAGAGAGAGUUAUGUUUAUUGUCCGUAUAUAAAGUUUUCAUUCUAUACACCACCACCCCGCACCCACAAAGCCUUAAUGUACAUCCACGUCUUACUGCUGUACUCUCCCUCUUUGGACACU